AUGACAGUCGUGGAAUCCCGGGGAGCUGCGGGCGCUGCAGGAGCUAAGCAUUCGGAGCGGGAGGAGACUCGACGGGCGUUUCCAGUUAAGUCAGAAUCAGAAGAAACAUCACGGGAUAGCACUGUUGCUCUGUCCAGAAGAAGUGAGCUGCUGGAUUUUCUUCAGCCUGAUGAAGACGUAAUAAUAACUACUUCAAGUUCAGAAUUUUAUGAUUCACUGCAGGCUCUCAAAAGAAAAAAUAAGCAAUGUUUGUUAGAACUAGGUCUGAUGUACCAAGUAAAGCUGGAGAACAGCCACAAACUACCCACAGAGAACAAGGAAUUGGAAGACUUUUUCCAGGAUAAUGGAAGAUUGACAGUGCCAAGGAAGUACCAUGAAGCUUUGACAUCUGGCAACCUCAGACGGUACAACUCGUUGACUUAUCUCAGUGUGGAUAGCCCAACCAAUAAGCAAAACUAUAAGACAUUUCCUCAGUCUUUUUCAAGACCAAAGAGUGCCUCUGCUGCAUGGAUCUCCUCUAUUACCAUUCCCCAGCCCUUCAAAAUGACACUUCGGGAAGCUCAUCGGAAGUCCCAGUUGUUAAAAUCACAUGCAGUGCUUGAAAAAGCCACAUAUAAAAAGCAAAGCCUAGAAGAAGCUGAAUGCCAAAAACAGUUCAGGGCACAACCUGUGCCUGCCCACAUCUAUCUUCCACUCUACCAGGAACUAAUGGAAAAAAAUGAAAUUCGCAGACAAGUGGAGACACAAAAGAGAAGGGAGCUUCUCCGUUCCACACAAAAACCUUUCAGCUUUCAAGAAAAAGAAGAAAAGAGAAAGGAGGCCAUCAGACAGAAGGUUCUGGAAAUAUUGGCUCCCACUGAGAAAUCAGUACCAAAAAUCAGAAAGAAGAUCCCCCAAGCCAUUCAUGAACCAAUGCUUGGGGAUAAACUCAAAGAAGCUGAAUUAUUCAGAAAAAUCCGUAUUCAGAUGAGAGCCAAGGAUUUGCUGGAAAACUCUUGGGCUCCCAUUGAGCUUGGCAAUAGACAAAAGGGGAAAGAAUCACAAAUUGCCUCCAGAAACAGAGAGCAAAAGCUCAGUUUUCUGCAGGACAACUUCAGUUUUAAACCAAGAAUUAACUCAUCAGUGCCUGAUUUUGAAAAACUUUACUGGGCGUUCCAGAGAGAAGCAAUAAAUAAAAGAGAAAUCAAAGAAGCAACUCAUAACAAACCAUUCAGAUUAAGAACAUCUAAUCUCCGUUGUAAACAUCAAGUGCCUAAUCAGAAGAUGAUGGAUUGUCAGCAAUCUUCCAAGGUUCCAGUACAAAGAAGUCGUUCUUUGACUUGUCUGUCCUCCCUCUCUUCCAACACGCUUCCGAUCCACAUCACAGAUGCAGUAAGAAAAAGGGAAUCUGCUGUUAAAUCCCUCCAACAAGAUAAACAGUACAGGGAAAAUGAAAGCAUUCGCUGGGCAGAGCAGCAGAGGAGGAAAUGUCAGGCUAUGCAGAAGUCUGUGAAUUGUCGAGCAAAAGCUAUGGACCCCCAUAAAAGCUUGGAAGAGACACACAAGGAAAAGCUGAAACAAAACUGGCAGAAUGACCAAAAGAGAACAAAGGAAUAUAAAAAAGAUCUAGAAGAGAUGAAGAUGCGAGUGAAAAACAGACCUUAUCUGUUUGAACAAGUCACAAAGCGUGGUGCCCGUCAAGGAGCACAGAGACUCUAUAGAGACACUUUGCGGCAGUUCGGGUUGAAUGAAGAUUUUGUAAGAAGCAAAGGGAGAGAAGCCACUGAUUUAGUGGGAAUGGAGCAAUUUAAAUCAGAAAGAACUCAGAAGUCCAAGAACAGUAUUGAUGCUGCAGCUAUGCACCAACAGUCUCAAGAAAAGCAGAAAGUGCAGGAGUUAACAUAAGAACCCCAAUGAAGUCUCUACAUACCUACAGCUCCUUUUUUUAAUCAAACAUGAAUCUUGUAAUCAGGCUUCAGGAUUAAGCAACAAUUUCAGCAUGAAAAACUGGAGCUUUUAUAUUUUAUUUACAGUAAAAUAUCUGUGAUCAUGCUGUGUAUUAGGCUAUAGUUAAUGAGUGUGUUGCUCAUAACAAGAUUGAGCUCUUGGGUUAGAACUAGAGAUGGGCACGAACCACAAAAAACCUGACCCAUGAAGUUCGUGGAUUUUCAUGAACCAGGAACCACGAACUGGGGCAAGUUUACAAACCAGUUUGUGGUUUGUGGGGUUUAAAUGCCCCUUUCCUGGCCGCUUAGUAGCAGCAGGGAAAGGAGCAUUUGACAGUUUAAAGGGCCCUUUCCUGCCUUGCAAGUGGCAGAUUCCUUUAAACUAUCAGCUGGCAGGUGGCAGGGGGGGAUCCCCCCUUGCUGCCUACCCGCUGAUAGUUUAAAGGGACCUGCCACUUGCAAGCCGCAG